AUCCCAUCAGUUUCCACUAAUUAGGAAACCUUCCCUCUGAUGUCAUCGGGCUGGAGGAGCACAUAGCAACAGAGAGAGAGAGAGAGAGAGGAAGGGGUAGAGGAUCAUAUUGGCACACUUAACUUCAUCCACAGCUGUUAACAACUCCAGUCUAAUUCGUGCUUUCCCACUGUACAGUGAAGAUGGCGUUGGGAGAAAUUGAGAAAAGCAAGAAUGUGAGGUCUUCGAAAACAGGUUUCCUGUUUUUUCUAUUAUUGCAAAUGAGUCUGCUCUCUAAAGUGUGGCCAGACACCUCAACCGUACAAGACUCUUCCACAACCGUACAAGACUCUUCCGCAACCGUACAAGACUCUUCCACAACUGUACAGUCUUCCGCAACCGUACCGACAGCUGUAACUCAUUCAAUGCAUCCCGAGAGCUCGAGCUCCUCCACUUCAACGGGCCAGAUGCCCACUAUGAGCACUUCUUCUGUCAGUAAUGCUGUUUCCACAAUGGGCAGUACUAAUAUGAACAAAGGUAUUCUUUCUUUCCAUAAUUCAUCAUCAGUAACAGGAAAUUACUCUGCGAUGUCCUGUCCAGAAUUUGAUUGCACUACAGAUUGUUCCGUCCAGUUCAUGAAUGCGACGAUGAAUCACUGCCCACACAGCUAUAAUUUCUGUGAGAUAAUGACACAGAACACAAGUUACUCUGUCAAGUGCAGUGCCUCAUGUGGUGUGUCCUGCGGGAACUCGACUCUCGCUAAUUGCUCUUGGAAAUGUUGCAACACAACCAGUUGCCUCAACGACGCUCUGCUUGACUUGACCAGAUCACCCAGUACGACAGUAGCUGCAAUAACAUCCACUACCACUGCAACAACCACAAAGGCCACGGCUCCAUCCACCCAAGCAAACAAUGGCAAGAAGUGUCAUAGUAUCAAGUGUGAAGGGACAGCGUGUUACAAACCCAUCAGUACCAGCAUGCUGUGUCUCGUUGGUCAGGAUUACUGCAUGCUAAAAAAGACAACAUCUGGCAGCAUAGAGAGUUGGCAAGCAGGUUGCAGUGAGGAUUGCAGAAAGAUGGCGGUUUGUUCAACCUCCGUUACUACCUGCUACUUGGAGUGCUGCAAUGCCACUUCGACCGCCUCGUGCCUCAAACUGACCGGUGAAGUGAACAUGCCCAGCUCCGCCACCAGGGGUCCUCACUCUCCCGCGCUGCUGAUCGCCUCUCUACUGCUCUUCUGGAUACUGAGAGUCUUCACUUGAGUGCAACAAAGUCACAUUUACAGGCAAUCCAAGAAAGCGCAGAAAGUGUAGGCCUAUGUUUGUUUUAAAGCUGUUUGUACAUCUUUUACUGUCCCUUUUACAUUAUCUGUGAUAUAAGCACGUGUGUGUGUGUCUACAAGAUCCGUAUGAAAAGCAGAAUGUGGGCAUGUGUGUAUAUAUGUGUAUAGAUGCCAAAUAAGCUUUACGUGGGGAUCCAUAGAGAGUUCUGUCAAGUGGGAGCGUGCCUGUUGUUGGAUUCUUUAUUUCACUGAAAUCAGCCACCAAGGAAUAACACUGAAGCAACAAAUAUGAGGUUUGCUUAUUCUUACAUACAGAU